UACGCCAUCCUCUCGCACACGUGGGGCCCAAGUCACACCGAAGUCACGUAUAGAGACAUUGUAGGAGGUACAGAAAGGACCAGAACUGGUUACACGAAGGUCCAGGCUUGUGGGAGGCAGGCCGCAAGCCACAACCUUCGGUAUCUCUGGGUAGACACUUGCUGCAUUGACAUAACGAAUAACGCUGAACUUUCGAAAGCGAUUAGUACCAUGUUCAGAUGGUACCGACAGUCAGAAGUAUGCUAUUCAUUCUUGGCAGAC